GUUCCUGACCGUCGUUUCUCAAAAUUGAAGCCCGCUGAACCACCCGCUAUCGGACCGCGCUUGUGAUACGAACUUGGCGACUUUCAGUGACCUGCUAGAUCUGUGGAGCUAUGGCCGUCAAGAUAACACGACAACAUGCUCGAGAUCCGAUGGUUCAAACCGCGUGAACCAUACUGAGCGAGACCGCAGGAUAUAUUUGCGCUGGUUCCCGGGCGGAAUGAGGGUUCAAUCGGGAUGAGCAACGCGGACUCGGACCAACGUGACCGAGAUGAUCGCGACACCGCCCCUCACCCAUCCUUUGCCAAAACUUAUAUUAAGCACGGCCCGUCCAGGCUGACUCUGGCAGUUUCAUCGCUUUUCGUUGAUUCCUUCUUACCCUCAUAAUGGCUCGUUUCCUAGCCACUCCAAAGACCGUUUCUAUCGUCGGCUGCCCAUUCAGCGGAGGACAGCCUCGAGCUGGUGUCGAUCAAGGACCGAUCCAUAUGGUUGAAGCUGGGCUUGUCGAACAGCUCACGGAACUGGGGUGGAAAGUUCGGUUCGACGGACAUCAUCAGUUCGAGGAGAUCAAUGCUGUCCAAGACCCUCCGAUUGGCAAACUCAAGAACCCGAGAUUAGUCUCGAAAGUCACUGAGGCCGUUGCCAAAGCUGUCGGAGGGCAUGCGAAAUUGGGCGAGCUCCCGGUCACGCUGGGUGGAGACCACUCCUUGGCAAUGGGAACUAUCUCGGGGACUCUCGACGCUCAUCCCGAUGCGUGUGUGGUUUGGGUAGACGCUCACGCGGACAUCAACACGGCAGAAAGCACUGAAUCUGGAAACAUCCAUGGGAUGCCGGUUUCUUUCCUUCUCGGCCUCAACGAGCCUAUCCCUGAAUUUGCUUGGGUCAAGCCGCUGCUCAAAGCUGAACGCCUAGUCUAUAUCGGCCUCCGCGAUGUCGAUGCGGGAGAGAAACGCAUCCUCAAAGAGCACAAAAUCAAGGCCUUCAGCAUGCACGAAGUAGACAAGUACGGAAUCGGCAAGGUCGUCGAGAUGGCCUUGGACCAUGUCAACCCGGGGCGCGACCUUCCGAUCCAUCUGAGUUUCGAUGUCGAUGCGCUUGAUCCAUCCGUUGCACCCUCGACCGGAACUCCGGUCCGGGGCGGCCUCACUUUCCGCGAGGGACAUUAUAUUUGCGAAGAGAUCGCCGAAACAGGUCUUCUGGUCGCUCUGGACAUCAUGGAAGUCAAUCCUUCGCUAGCCGACCCCGUGGAUGUUGCACAAACUGUCGCUGUUGGAUGUUCUUUAGCCCGCUCUGCUCUGGGCGAGAGUCUCUUGUAAGCAUGCCGGUCUUAGAAUUCGUCGUAGAGUAUGUAUGCCGCGAAUAGUCUAUCUCCGGUCAAAAAUAAUCCAGUCAAAAUCUCAAUCCACUUGCCCCUAACUGACAGUCAGUUCGGCCAUCAACAGUACUUGGUUCCGUCUGACGCCCUCGUGAUCCAACUUUUUUCUUCCUUCCAACUUCGAUCUUUGGCACUCGAUAUAAUCGCGAAACAUGGAUGAGCAAGGCGAUCCAGCUUCGCUGCAGCACGCGAGUCCAUUCAGCCUCUCAUUCUGCAAAGUGCGGACGAGCUGAACACGACUGCUGGUAUCUCGUUGCUGUCAUUGAAGCAUCAUCUUCUCUUGUCGUACCUCCAAUCGCUGGCACUCGUAGGGGCACAUCGUGCGAUUGGCCACUCUUUGAGCGAGCGUUCCCCGCCGACCGAACCAUUCAGUCAGUCUCAGCGCGGCGCACGAGGCGCGGAUGGCGGAGAUCUGGUUGACUCCAUGGUAGAAGCCAGGGUGGCCUUGGAAAAGAUCAAGGCUCUAGAAGCUCGAUUACGAUAUCAAAUCGAAAAACUCGUGCGCACAGCGCAAGAGUCCGACAAGGCGUCCACGAUUAUCGAUGAUCCUCUCGCCUUCCGACCCAAUCCGCAAAAUCUGCUCGACAACGACGGCGACGAAUCUGGUGACGAUGCCGGAGAGCAGAACCAGACAGCAGCGGACGACGGGAUCUAUCGUCCACCCCGUCUUGCUCCGGUUCCGUACGAUUCGGCACCUCCGAAAUCCAAACGAGAACGAGCACCGCCCGUUCCCUCCGCUUUGCGUAAUCUAGUGGAUUCCUCUAUGCCCCAUGCGGAGACCACGUCUGGACUGGGUGUCACACCCUCGCUGCAAUCCAGUCGAGCUCGUCACCUCAAACGGAUCGAGGAGUUCGAGGAAGAGAAUUUCACUCGCGUUGUCAUGGGCAAGACCGAAGCGAAACGCCGAGCGCGCGACGAAGCCGACCUUGCUCUUGGUGCCGACUUGGGUGGUGGGCGCGCUUCCGGCAAGAACCGGCGCCGCGGUGGAUUUGAGGACGAGUUCAGCGAUGUUCUUCGUAGUGUUGACCGUGGAUCGAAGGGAUCACGAGGCGGAGGCGGGGACGGCUACGACGAGUUGAGGAAAAGAGGUCAAAAGAAGAAUGUUCUAGAACGUUCCAAAGUCAACGCUCGUGCACGGGAGGAGGAGACUGGGGAUGAAUCGGAAGCUCGGGUCGGAAGAAGAGUCGAUUCGAACAGGCUACUAAGGUGGCGAAGAGAAAAUUGAAGCGAUAAAACACAUGCAUGUUCAGUAAACACGCUGGGGAAAUGAAACGCGCUAGCUCGUCCUUCCGAGCUUCUCUUGACGUUGCAUCAAUCUGCGGCUUUAGUACGAUGCUCAUAAAACGAUGUACUGGCAGACGACUUGUCCUGUGCAACUUGACCACUGUUUACCAUGUCCGGGUCUACCAUCCUACGUCGGUUGUUUCCCCUCGUCGUUUUCCCCGUCCUCUCAGCGCUCGCGCUAAAACUGACCUUUGGAAAUAUUCGCGCUUCUGGC